AUGACAAAGAAAGAAGGCAUAGAUCAAGACAAAUCCUUGAACAGACUCCAAUGGUUAAUUCAGCGCAGCAAGGUGGGCUUCAAGGGAAACCCACCCCCCUUUGAAUCCUUGAAGACCCAAAAGUCGGUGGAGUUAGAGAAAAAAAAAGCGUCAAGUCGAGUUGCAGGAGACGGUGAGUUUUUACCCUUUCGUCAUGGUGCUCCUUCACUCGCGGAGGAUGCAAGGCCCACAAAACACUUGCGCGGGGUAGACAACUCAAGGUUUGAGAGACGAGCCGAUUUACAAGAAGUGAAUUACUAUUGCCAGCGAAUAGACAAUUAUACUGGCAGACCCGAAAUUGAGUCCGCACUCUGCUGGGAUUUGAAGGGAGAAGUUGCAGCUGCAGGGGAGGUACAAGGGUCAUGCCGUCACCGCCUUGGUGGUUCCUGGCAUGCUGUAGAAAGGGAACACGAUUCAAGAGGGGUUAGGAACCCCUAUCUUGCCACACUGUCGCCCGCACAGCGGGCAGCUAUAGUUAGAGCCGAUAUAUUAAGCCAUCCAAAAUUUACAGGUGUAAGUCGGGAGUUUCGUGCCGGUGAGGCGUGGUAUGGUGGAACUCAACUUGAGGGGCAGUUACACUUGAAACCGACUAGGGCUUCACUACCUUCUACGCGGAAUUGCAUCCGUGUGCAUGCCGGCUGGCGUUGA